GACUUCAUUUGUCGAGAGAGGGAUGAAUUCUUUCAGUCUCGGUAGGAGCAGAUGGAGAAGGAAAAUCCACAAAAUGCCCUUCUUCUUCUCAAUCUCUCUCCUAUCCCUUUUCAUCUUCCUCUCCUUCUCAUACACGGAAAUCCCAGCAUUUCUCAUUUCCAAGAAUCCCACAAAACUCCCUUUUCCUCAAUGCAGCAGCAGCACCGGCGCCAGAAAUCUUUUCCCUGCGGGCGAGAAAUUCCUCUGGUAUUCUCCCCACAGCGGUUUCAGCAACCAGCUCGCCGAGUUCAAGAACGCCAUCCUCUUCGCUGCCCUUUUGAAUCGGACCCUGAUCGUCCCACCAGUCCUUGAUCACCACGCGGUUGCUCUGGGAAGCUGCCCCAAAUUCAGGGUCGCGAGCCCUACCGAGAUCCGGUUGUCUGUCUGGGAUCACGUAAUUCAGCUCGUUCAGACUCGUCGGUAUGUCUCAAUGGCGGAUAUCAUCGAUAUUUCUUCUGUGGUGUCUUCAUCUUUGGUUAAAAUGGUUGAUUUUAGGGUCUUUGCUUCAUCAUGGUGCAGCUUAAACAUGGAUCGUGCUUGCUUUGGUAGCCUGUGUUGUGCCAUAUCGGGGGUCAGAUCUUUCACAGGGGACGUUAAACAGUGUGGAUCAUUGUUAUCUGGUGUGGAAGGUAAUGUUGGUCAAUGUUUAUAUGCUGUAGAAGAAGAUUGUAGGACGACGGUUUGGACAUACCAGCAAGACAAUGAUGGGGUUCUGGAUUCCUUCCAGCCUGAUGAACAGUUGCGGAAAAAGAAGAAAAUUUCCUUUGUUAGGAGACGUGGGGAUGUAUAUAAGGCCUUUGGGCCUGGAUCAAAAGCUGAAAUGGCCACUGUUCUGGCAUUUGGAAGCCUUUUCACAGCACCUUACAGAGGUUCCGAACUCUACAUUGAUAUUCAUGAAGCUCCAAGAGACUUCCGGAUACAUUCAUUGCUUCAGAAGACUGAAUUCCUUCCCUUUGUCCCAGAAAUAAUGAAUAUGGGGAAGGACUUUGCAGUAAACAAGAUAAAGGUGCCUUUCCUUUGCACGCAACUGAGAUUACUAGAUGGGCAGUUCAAGAACCACUGGAAGGCUACUUUCUUAUCACUGAAACAAACAAUACAGUCGUUACAAGCAGGUGAUAAGGGGAAGGCUAAUAAUCCAAUUCACAUUUUUGUCAUGACUGAUCUUCCAUCGACUAAUUGGACGGGAACUUACUUGGGUGACUUGGCGAGCGAUUCCGAUUCUUACAAGCUGCAUUAUCUGCAAGAAGGUGAUGAAAUGGUGAUACUAACUGCUGAGAAAAUCAUGGCUGCAGAACACGGGCUGAGGUCUGGUUUUCUGCCAAGGAUUCACAAUGGAAUGACUAAGAAGAAGCGUUGCAAUCCUGUACAUCUACCUGACAUCCUAUUAUACAUAGAGGAAGCAGUAUGCAGCUGCGCUUCACUGGGAUUUGUGGGGACUGCUGGGUCGACCAUUGCCGAGAGUAUAGAGGUCAUGAGGAAAAAUAGUAUUUGCUCGGGUCCAGGUCGAUCCAAGUCGUAACUCCUG